AUGGCCAGACCGGUGGCGAAAAUCUGCGACAUCAACGAUAGCAAAGAGCUGUGGAAGGUUUUUGUUCGAGUGCAUCACAAAUGGAAGGUUCUCUCUAACAAUAGGGAACAUUUUGAGAUGAUCUUUAUGGACAAGGCAGGUGGGGACAUACAUGUUGUUGUCCCUGCAGCACAUGUGUCACUAUUUGAUGAUAAAUCGGCAUUGGACCAUACAUACUUCGUAUCAAAUUUUAAGGUUCCGCCUAAUCUGUUGGCUUUCAGACCUUCCUCGCAUAAGUUUUUGGUUAAUAUUGGUUAUUCACAGACCGCAUCAGGUGCCAAAAAGCAGCAGCUUAACAUGGUGCUGAGGGACCCAAGAAACGACACUAUCAACUGUACACUUUGGGAAUCAUAUGUUGAGCAGUUUUUGAAGUUCAACCAGGAACAUGGGGAUGAUUCGGUUCCUACUUUUCUGAUGCUUUGA